ACUCAGCUCCUGCCAGAUUUGGUGUACCCCCCUCCCUACCAGAUGACUGUCAGUGCGCAUUUCCUAUUGGCAAGAGGGAGUGAGAAGUAAACAGAGGAGACCGACAGGGGAAGAGAGAGUGUGUGUGAGAGAGAAGGAGUGAGUGUGUUACAGUGGGAACAGAGUGAGACUCCAGCGGAGGGGGCGAGAGGCAACUUCACCGGGGUUUAUCACUGCGCACUGUCGAGGAGGAGAGAUCGCUUUCGAGCGCAGCAUGCUCAAGCAGGUUAAAAAAGUGGACUGUGGACGGAGCUGCUGAUUGAAACCCCCAGACUCACUAAUGGACUGUUAGAGAGCGCAGUGAGAGGUAACAGCUUUGCCAGCGUGACGGGGAGCGGACACCGGAGAGGAAGCUGAUGCAGCGGGGAAAGUUAUCAACUGUGGAGAUGCUUUGUUAACUGAGAGUUUACAAACUGUUCGGACCGCUCAGAGUCAUUUCUUUAAACUGGAUGCUAUUAUAGACCAAUCCCAGUGCGCUUGUCCGUCCGGUGAUACCACGGUGCCGCGGUGGACCAUAACCAGCUCAGUCGCAUAGACGGAGCGAGUGAAUCCUUCCACGCAACACAAUCAGUGGCAAGAGCUGCUACAAUGACGGCGUUAUACCUCAUCUUUUGCCUUAUGGCCACAGCAGCCACCCAAGCAGCCUACUUCUCCCAGCAGCCCCAGGACCAGGUGGUUGUAUCUGGCCAGUCGGUGACUCUACCCUGUGUCAUUGUGGGUUAUCGGGGAAUGGUACAAUGGACUAAAGAUGGCCUGGCACUGGGUGGAGAGAGAGACCUACCAGGCUGGACGCGCUAUUCCUUAAUGGGCGACCCGCUAUCAGGCGAGCACAGCUUGCUGAUCGAUUCGGCAGAGUUGGAGGAUGACGCGGUGUAUGAGUGUCAGGCUACACAGGCGGCGCUGCGCUCCCACCGUGCCAAGCUCACUGUACUAGUUCCUCCUUCAGACCCUGUGGUGGAGGGUGGCCCUGUUGUACGUCUUAAGGCCCACACACCGCACAAUCUCACCUGCAGAGCCUCGGGAGCCAAACCUGCUGCUGAGAUCACCUGGUACAGAGAUGGAGAGGUCAUGGAGACUGCAAUUUAUUCCAAGUCACCGAUGGAGGAUGGGAAGAGGGAGACAGCUGUUAGUAUGCUUCCAAUCGUCCCUGAGGAUAGCGACUCUGGGCGCACCUACACCUGCAGGGUUCUUAACCCAGCUGCCCCAGCUGGACGACAGACAUCGGUCACUAUCAACGUCCAGCACCCUCCUUCAGUGACUCUAUCAGUCCAGCCUCAGACUGUGACCGAGGGAGCCAAGGUUCUCUUCAUCUGCUCUGCUUCGGCCAAUCCUGAAAUCACUGGAUACAGGUGGUCCAAAGGAGGAGUCCCCAUCUCUGAAGCAAAUGGGGACAGCCUUGAGGUGACGGUGGACUACUCUUACUUCACAGACCCCGUCUCCUGUGAGGUGUCCAACUCUGUGGGCAGCACCAAUGUCAGCACUCUGGUCGAUGUCCAAUUUGGCCCCAGACUGCUGUCGGAGCCAAAGCCAAUGACGGUGGACAUAGGGAUGGAUGCAGCCUUUACUUGCGCAUGGACUGGAAACCCUCCUCUGACCCUGGCCUGGACCAAGCAGGGCUCCAGCGUGGUGCUCAGUAAUGGCAACACCUUGCAGCUGAAGGCUGUUACCCAGGAGGAUGCUGGAACAUACACCUGCAAGGCCAUCGUACCCCGGAUUGGAGUUGCGGAAAGAGAUGUCACUCUAACUGUAAACGGCCCACCUAUCAUCACAGCGGACGCCACGCAGCACGCUGUCAAGCACUCCAAGGGCAAGUUGGAGUGCCGGGUGGGAAGCAGCCCCCCGCCAGAUAAGAUUGUAUGGACCUUUGGAGACAUGAGCCUGUCCUCUGGUUCCUCCGGUCGUUACUCAGUGCAGACAGUAACCAGCGACCACGGGGUCCUUUCUUCCUUGGUGCUGUCCGAGACUCUGGCCCAGGAUUUCCAGCUGCGCUACAACUGCACUGCUUGGAACCGCUUUGGCACCGGCACUGCCCUGGUCACACUGAAGGAGCAAGAGGCCCUGCCUAUGUUGAUAAUUGUUGGUGGAGCAGUAGGUGGAGGCUGUGUCCUGCUCAUCUGUGUCAUCACUCUAGUCUCCCUCUGUUGCAGGCACACAGGCAAAGGUGAGCUCAACGGUAAAAGGUGCACUCGUCUUUCUAAGAGUGACAUCAGAGUUCAGAUUGUUCACAGUGAUCACAACGCUACACGUGGCAAUGAUGAUGAGGAGGAUGUCAAAGAGCCCAUGGCACCGAACAGCAGCGAGUCUCCUGGGACAUCGCGCACAGAACACAGCGACCUCCUGGAAGAGGAGGAGGAUGAGAGAUCGGACAUCAAGGACCCCACCAAUGGUUACUACAAUGUCCGUGGCCAUGAAGACCGCCAUAUCCGCAGCAGUGGAUUCUCUGAAUAUGUGCCCAACUCUCGGCCGGUCUACACCCCAUCACAGCUGCCCUCCCCCAGCCCCAUGUACGGUCAGCAUGGCACCCAGCCUCGCGUCUAUGACUUCUCCCACCGAUACGCAACCACCACAGCGGGCAGAACCGCAUAUGAACAGCAGCAAGCUGCCCAGCAGCAGCCCGCCCAGCCAGCCAGCAUUUAUCCAACUGAUCCCCUCUACAGUGGCUCAGCUUACCUACCUGCCACCUACGGUCGCGCCUUCACCAGCUACGUUAAGCCUGCUUCCUAUGAGAAGGUGGAUGCGUAUGACCAAUCAGAUCAGGCCAGCAAGGUGUCCAGCUCGUCUCGCUUCUCUUACGCUUCCUCACAAGUUUCCUCCCAGCAGUCUGACUAUGGCCGGCCUUCACAACGUAUGCAGACGCAUGUCUGAUUGGACAAAAAUAACUGGAAAAAAAGAAGAGUACAGGAGCAGUGAGUAGAUAACCAUUGUCACCUCCACACGCGUGUGGCUGGACUAACAUGAACAGAGACUUACUUUACUUGGACGGUCCUUCGCGGACAUGUUUGGACAGUAUUUGGAGGAGUCAUGUGAUUUACGGAGGUUAUGGGAUAACCGACCUUUAUUUGUUGUGAUGGAAGGCGGGAUCUACAAUAAUGCUAACUGUAGAGCUCCUGAGCUGGAGAAUUCAGCAGAUUGUGAUGUUCAAGUCAAACUUAUGAUUACAGUGCGAUACCUCACCAGGUUAUCUCUACAUGAUGACCACCCAAACCUGUGGAGAUACUCUGUCAGUGCAAGGGCCAACGAGAAAGUCAAAUGAAAUGCAUCUCCUGAAUUUGGGUGGCCAAAAUGACUGGGGUAGCUGUUUACCUGCCUUUCAGAGUUUACUUUGUGUCAACACUAAAUGUCAAUCAUGACCUCUUAAAUACUUUGAAAGAAGAUAUUACAAGCUAAGACA